UUCUCCGUUAGUUCCGUUUCUGUUUCCUGUCAGCCUGAUGUUGGCUUCAACAGGACAGCCUAUUUUGACAGGGUAGCUCUACGCCAUAUGGCAGCAGAGGGGCUGAAAUGCUGCACUCUUUGGCUGCUGCUGUGGCUUUGUUUCCAGACACCCGAGUCCAAAACUGCUCGCAGUUCUCUGGACGACGACCUCCUGCAGCCUUACUCAGAGGGGCACGGCCCCACCCACUCUCACCGCCACGUCAGGGACUGUCAGGCCCUCAUUCAUGGCAACAGCACCCAUGAGAGCUGGCCCUCCAGUAACAGCAGCAGGCAGCCGGUUGCCGAGUCCAACGUGUUUGUGACGGAUGUGGAGAAAGGCACCAGAUGGGUUCUAGGUCACCUCACCGUGGUCCACGACCCGCUGCAGACCGUGUCUGUGGUGGAACCAGGAGGGCUCCACGGCUGCGGAACGAACCGCAGGGUGUCUGUGGAGGAGACGGCCACGGCCGCCGGAUGCAUUUAUGCUCAAAAUGCUGGAUUCUUCAACAUGGAAUAUGGAGAGUGUCUCGGAAACGUUGUGAGUGAUGGCAGGCUGGUGCGGGACAGUGGCGGGGUGCAAAACGCCCAGUUUGGAAUAAGACAGGAUGGGACCCUGGUGUUUGGGUACCUCUCACAGGAAGAUGUUUUAAACCAGACCAACCCCUUUGUUCAGCUCAUCAGCGGAGUGAUUUGGCUGCUGAGGGACGGCCAGGUUUACAUCAAUCAGAGUUUGGAGGCCGAGUGCAGCGAAACACAGAGUACAGGGUCACUGAGGUAUUUUGUGGAUGUGGUGUCAGCCAGAACGGCCGUGGGCCACGAUAAAGAGGGAAGACUCAUCCUGUUUCACAUCGAUGGCCAAACAGAUAGGAGAGGCAUGAAUCUCUGGCAGGUAGCUGACUUCCUAAAGGAAAAUGGGGUCAUCAAUGCCAUUAAUUUGGAUGGAGGCGGGUCUUCCACCUAUGUGAUUAAUGGCUCAUUGGCCAGCUACCCCUCCGAUCACUGCAAACUUGACGGCAGGUGGCGCUGUGCCAGAGAAGUCUCCACUGUUCUGUGUGUUCAUCAGCGGCGAUGCAAUCCGGCGAACUGCAGCAGCCACCGUGACUGUGUUGAUGGACAGUGCCGGUGUCAGACGGGCUGGCGGGGUCCCGCCUGCAACACCCUGGUGUGUCAGCCCUCCGCCUGCGGACCCCAUGGUGUCUGCUCACCCAGUGGCUGCGUUUGCAAAGCUGGAUGGAGAGGGACCAACUGCAGCGAAGUGUGUCCUUUGGGUUUCUUUGGUUCGUCUUGCACUCAGGAGUGUCGCUGUGAUGACUUGUGCCCAUGUGACCCGCAGACAGGAAGCUGUAACACCUCUUUACCACAAGAGGCCAAUUACACCCUUCACCGAGCCGGACACUGCCUGGCCAAAAAGAUGUUUACAUCCUGGGGACUAGAAGAAGAAGCUCUCAGAGCAAAGCCUUAUCUGACAGAGCAAACAUGGUUGAUCAUCACCCUCAUCCUCACCUCGCUGCUGUUGGCCACCCUGCUCGUUCCCCUGCUCCAGACGUGUCGAGGAUCAGUGGCGUCCCGCUUCCCCGAGCGCCAGGAUUAUUCCUACGUUCCGCUACGCGACAUCAAUGGAGCCGCCGCUGAAACUGGGAACUCUGGGACGGGAGGUUUAGGCCUGGAGGACUCUGAUUCCCAGGAGGAUAUAUUCACUCAGAGGUCGUAGCAGCCUGGAGGACAGAAGAUGAGGAGUGAGAGCCCUGUUUCUGCACAAAAACACAUACUGGAUGCUCUGUCACCACUUUAGACCAAACUUCAUCAGUGAAGCUCAACAGUUUCAGUUUGUUGAUCUCUUAAAACGUUUCAUCAGGGUUUUCCUGAGGCGUUUGGCAGCUUUCUGAAGCUGGAUUUUUGUUUUCAGUCGAGGCGUUUCCACCUGAAGUUUAACAGGUGGAGAUAAAAUCUUUAUUUUUAUUUUUCAACUCUUGGUUCUGUUUCAUCUCCAGGUUUGGAUAACGUUCCCAAACGUCUGACUUUGAGCUGUGACCUUUUCCCUCAUUUUUCUGAGCCAAAAACCCAAAAAAACAUUACAGACUCUCACACACAACAGGAAUUAUAAAUAUUAAUAUAUUUGUUGUUUUUUUACUUGGAGUGGGAUGUUUACAGGCCUUAAAAACGGUGUUUCAAGUGUCUUAUGUACUUUCCUAACGGUACCAGCAGUUUGUUUUUAUAGUAAUUCCUGAUAGUUUUUCUGUUGGUGAAGUCAGGAGCUCAAUGGAUUUAUAAUCUUUGAAUUUAAACUAUAUUGUUCUUCCAAGAAGCAAAAAAAAACAUAAUUCUUCCAAACUUUGGGCUACGUUUAUAGAUUGGAAAUGAUUAAAGAUUUUCAAGAUUAAAAGGACUGCUGCUGAGAUAGUUUUGUGAUACGGAUCUUUUCUAAGUUUGAAUGUUCAACUUCCUUCUGUUUGAUCAGAUAAACUUUAUCAAAACAACAAUAAUAUUCAAAACAAACAAUCAUGUUGGAGGAAAAUAUGAUUAUAGUUACAAAGAAGUGAAGUGAAAUUAGUUUUUUAUUCUGUUUGUCUUUUAUAUACUUGGUCUUUUGGAGACAAUAAAGGCAAUUUAUGCUUCUGA